UGAGGCUCGGGGAGCAUCUUAUCGCCGCCGGCCGGCCGGGCGGCAGCCGCAGCGCAGGACGAAGCUCCCCGCUCUCUUCGUGCUAUCCCCGCUAUCCCCGCCUGCUGCCCGCUGCUGCUGUGCCCUGCGCCUCCUGUGCAACGGAGGAGAACGGCAGCACGCAGAGGUCCGCUCGGAGCCGAGUGUCGGCUAGAGAGCCAGUCCCUCUCCUAACCGCGCAAGCAUAAGCAGAGCCCUGGGCUGAACAGCCAUGACAGCUGAAAAGACUAUUCCUAUAAUUAACGGCAAGCCAGAAGAUGUUUUGGAUCCAGAAGCUUCAAGUACCAACCUCGUCCACAGCAAUGAUAAGAAAGUUCAUGAAAGAGGUCACUGGAACAAUAAGGUUGAAUUUGUGCUUUCUGUGGCAGGGGAGAUUAUUGGGUUGGGAAAUGUAUGGAGAUUCCCAUAUCUUUGCUACAAGAAUGGAGGAGGUGCUUUCCUCAUCCCAUAUGUGGUUUUCUUUAUUUGCUGUGGAAUACCAGUUUUUUUCCUGGAGACAGCCUUGGGACAGUUUACUAGUGAAGGAGGCAUUACGUGCUGGAGAAAAGUUUGCCCUUUGUUUGAAGGCAUUGGAUAUGCUACCCAAGUUAUAGAGGCACAUCUAAAUGUUUAUUACAUCAUUAUUUUAGCAUGGGCUAUCUUCUAUCUGUUUAACUGCUUUACUACAGAGCUUCCCUGGGCUACAUGUGGACAUGAAUGGAAUACAGAAAACUGUGUGGAAUUUCAAAAACUUAACAUGAGCAACUGCAGUCAAAUCUCUUUGCAAAAUGCUACAUCUCCAGUGAUGGAAUUCUGGGAACGCAGGGUGCUUGCUAUAUCUGAUGGCAUUGAACAUAUUGGGAACCUUCGCUGGGAACUUGCGCUGUGCCUUCUUGCUGCUUGGACUAUCUGCUAUUUUUGCAUUUGGAAAGGAACAAAGUCAACUGGAAAGGUUGUGUACGUAACAGCCACGUUCCCCUACAUCAUGCUGAUGAUUCUUCUGAUCCGAGGCGUAACGUUGCCAGGUGCUUCUGAAGGGAUAAAAUUCUAUUUGUAUCCUGACAUUUCCCGACUGUCUGACCCACAGGUGUGGGUGGAUGCUGGUACACAGAUAUUUUUCUCUUACGCGAUAUGCCUUGGGUGCCUGACAGCCCUGGGAAGCUACAACAACUAUAAUAAUAACUGCUACAGAGACUGCAUCAUGCUCUGCUGCUUGAACAGUGGCACAAGCUUUGUUGCUGGUUUUGCUAUCUUUUCAGUGCUUGGAUUUAUGGCUUAUGAACAAGGUGUUCCCAUUGCAGAAGUUGCAGAAUCAGGACCAGGACUAGCAUUCAUUGCUUACCCUAAAGCUGUUACCAUGAUGCCUCUUUCUCCUCUGUGGGCAACUUUGUUCUUCAUGAUGCUCAUCUUCCUUGGACUAGAUAGUCAGUUCGUGUGUGUUGAAAGCCUCGUGACAGCUGUUGUAGAUAUGUAUCCAAAGAUUUUCCGAAGGGGCUACAGAAGAGAACUGUUGAUUCUUGGCCUUUCCAUUGUGUCAUAUUUCAUUGGUCUAAUAAUGUUAACUGAGGGUGGAAUGUACGUCUUCCAGCUCUUUGACUACUAUGCAGCUAGUGGCAUGUGCCUUCUUUUUGUUGCCAUCUUUGAAUGUGUCUGCAUAGGCUGGGUUUAUGGCAGCAAUCGCUUUUAUGAUAACAUUGAGGAUAUGAUUGGGUAUAAACCACUGUCAUUGAUUAAGUGGUGCUGGAUGGUCUUAACUCCAGGUAUUUGUGCAGGAAUCUUCAUUUUUUUCCUGGUGAAAUACAAGCCUUUGAAGUAUAACAAUGUAUAUACAUAUCCUGACUGGGGCUAUGGCAUAGGGUGGCUGAUGGCUCUCUCUUCCAUGAUUUGUAUCCCUUUGUGGAUCUGCAUUAAGUUCUGGAAGGCAGAAGGCACUUUCAUAGAGAAAUUCAGGAAGUUGAUUACACCCAGCUCGGAUCUGAAAAUGAGAGGGAAACUUGGAGGAAGAUCCUACAUUGCAGCAAUAAAUGACUGCGACGCCAAACUGAAAGGAGAUGGCACCAUUUCAGCCAUUACAGAAAAGGAGACACAUUUCUGAAAGAACUCUUUUUUGUGUGGUUUUUUUUUCUUUUUUUUUCUUUUUGUAUAAAAAUAAAUAAAUUCACUUAAUUAUAGAAGCUGGCUUGUUUUGCACAAAAUUUUAUUAACCAGUUAAUUUUAAAGUGAAAAUUGUAUACUUGUUUAAAAGUGAUUUUUUAAAAAUUACUAUAUAAGUAAUGACUAUGUAAAAGAAAAAGAAAUAGUAUUAUAUGAUAUGUUAGUGAUGACUUCUUGUAAUAUGGUAAUUUCAGUAAAUGCUUUUUAGAAAUUAGAGAGACCUGUAUAAUGUGCUGUAAAGCUUUUCUACUUUGAUUUCUGGCAGGCGUGAUGUUGCAUAGCUAUAUGCAUUUUAAUCUCCAGGCAUUUCAGACCAUUUCAGCUUUUAAUGUAUGUAUAUAAAAAGUACCAGAAUGUCCUUUUGUUUAUACUGGAAGAAACUGAGGAUAUGUUGUUACAUUAUUUAACAUACAUGUUAAAUGCUGUUACAUUAGAGCUGUCUAAAGUGGGCUGUACCCGAAGUCAACUGAAACCAGCAGGAGCCUGUCCAACUGAGAACAGUGGCUUUUGCACCACACCAUGUAUUGAUUUGGCCUUUCCUCUGGGCCAGCGUGGCUGCAAGACUGAGUUUUGCACCUAACAAAGCUCCUCUUUCAGGGCAAGUUUUGUGAAGCUGACUGGAAGCACCAACUCAACUGCUUUUACUGCCUUCCCUCCAUGUUCCAUCUGUUUCCAACAGGCCUGAAAAUGUUGUGAGAUAGUUCCACUUCUGAGUUGCUGUGGGGUUUUUCCCUGAAGAUUAAGAAUAUAUAUAUUUUAAGAGCUAUAAAUCUUUCUUUUCUUGUAAGUUAAUGCCCUCCAAGAUAGCAUGUACCGCUUCAGGAGACUUCUAAAGCUUUUUCAUUUUCUUUAGUGUCUGGGUAGCCAGUACUUCAUUUCGGUUGACACUUCCCAUCCCCUGAAGUGAAAUGUGUUUAUGCUUGUACAGCAGGAGGAGGUCAAGGUCUCUCUAUGUGUGCAGAGAUGUUCUUAGGAAAAGAAAAAAAGAUCAGGUUUAGAGCUCUCCAUACCUUGGCCUCUGCCUCUUCAAGCAUUUGGCAGUCUGUCUGGUCAUUCCCCUUAAAAGAAAUUAGGGUUCCUGUAAUCACGAUGUGUAGCACAAUAUUGCUGUUCUGAUUUUCAGUGUACUUUCUAAAAACUCUCAGACUGGGCACUUAUUCUUGUACUCUGUAUGGGGUUGAGGCAUGCACUGGAGUUACAGCAGGAAUUUAGUUAGUGGAACACUAGAAAAAUCACUCCUUAAUUUCUCCCAGAGUUCCAAGAGGUGAUUUGUACAGAUUUUAUAUGAAUCCGACUGAUAGAAUUUUACCAUGCAGUAAGCAAAUGCUAGCUUCAAGUGUCACAGUCUCCAAAUAGACUUUUGAUUCUCUCUUUCUCUCUUUUUUCUUCAGCCACUAUUCCAAAAUGUUAUUUCUGGACAAUUAUUUCUUUUCCCAUCCCUUUUUCAUUUAAUGGCUGCAUGAUAAGCCUGUGGUUUUACUUCACCUUAUUAGUAUUCUUGGUGCCUAAAAACUUUUCUACCGCAAUUCCACUGCAACUACUCAAAGUCUUGCUUAAAUAUGCAUGUAUCUAUCACUAGGUGCCCAGUAAAGGACAUGUUGAAGGAGCCAGCCUUUGUUACAGUGCAAAGCCAUCAUCUUAUGAAUGCUGGGCCAGCUCAGGGGGUGUCUUAAGCUUGAUAUACAGAACUGUAGGUGACUAAUGAAAAUCACUCUCCAAUUAGGAAGUUACACUUCUGGAAGAGAAGUGUUUCCAAAACUGAAACUCCAGAUUGAGUUACAUAACUGUAGAACAUACAAUGACGUGACUGCAAGUUACAUCUUGAAUGAAAAGAUUCCACUCCAGAAUCUAUGUAUAAUUUUUCCUAAGUCCAAAUAAGUGAUAAAUAUCUCUAACUUGGUGCCUAUUUCUAGUUUUUCUCUCCACCCAAAACCUAAGACACCAAAAUCACAGAUAAGCCUUGUGAUGUAAAUAUCAACCCAUUCUCUUUUCAUUUAAGGAUAAGAAUGUAGAUGCACUAUUAGGUUGUGCUUGGACUUUAGCCUUGAUUUCAAUGAAGUUAUCUUUAUGAAUGUUUACAGCAAAAUGUGCCAAUAGGUGGAACCCCCUCUGGUUACUGGGCCACCCAUUAGAUACACAAGGAAAAUCCCAGACAAAUCAAGAUUACCCUUUAAAUCAUAACACGUGUUGCUGUAGCAGAAAAAAAAAUACAAACCCUGACUUGUGCAUUUUAGUACCUUGAACUGUAGUACUCAUCCAAAUAUCUCCACAGGAACUGUGUAUGGAAUAUGCUUCCUGUUCUGCUGCUAUGAACCAUUUCACUACUAGCUUUAUACACAUACAUGUGGUUUGACAUGGUCUAAAGCAUUAUACUGUAUUGCUAAUAUGCUGUGCUUGUAAAUGUGUGCAUUUAAUAUCUGACUUGUUUAACACUUUACUGAUAUUUUUUUAAUUAGAUUUCUUUUUUCGGGAGGGUGGCUGUGGGAGGGCAAAUUUCCUAGUAGUACUGUGAUUAUUAUUAUUAUUGUUUUUGAAACAAUAUGAAGGUGGAAAAUGCAGAAAACAACUAUAUUGUGAUCAUUUUUUUAUGUGAUAGAAGCAGUAUUGCCCUUUUCUGAAGUAUUAUUCACGGUAUUAUUUUAAAUAAUACAAUAAAAACCAGUAACCUCCAAGGUUUAUGUAACAUUUUGAACAAAGAAAGAUUGUUUGGUUUUCAAGGGCACAAAAUUUCAUACUUUUUUUUUUUGUUUUUAAAAAUUAAAGAAAAUGGGCAAAACUUA